GAAGUUCAAAAAUAUGGUAAAAAGGGUUGUGGUAAAUGUAUGAAAAAAAGUAUUGUACAGUGCUUUUUGGCUGGAAAUAUUGAUAAGAGUUGUUGGAUGAAUGCACAAGAGAUGUUAUAUUUUUUGAAACUAAAAGUAGAAGGAGAAAUUGAGAUCUCAGAAUUACCAAAACUAUCAACUAUACAAGAAUGGAUAACCCAAUAUACAGCACAGUUACGUGAAAGAAGUGCCCAGAUAACACUUGGAGUUGAAA